GACGACUUUGCCCUAGGCAGGUCCUCCGCCGAGCGGUAGGUAGCUUGAGGGGAGCAGAUACCAACCUCUAACCCCCAGUAGGAGGUAGGCAGGCAGGUACCUGCCCAAUACGUAGGUAGGUAGGUACCUAAGAUAGAUGGAGGUAGGUUACCUGCCUACCACGGCUUGUAUAGGGAUACCACGCACCGUCUUGGUGCCCCGCUGUGGUGGCAGAGCUCUUCCGGCUGACGACGCCGAAAUCUUUCCCAUGGCAAGCAAGUUAGGCCAUAAAUACUGCCAUCCCACCUCCUCCCACCUACAACACCCAGCUCAUCUCUCUCGAUUGCUACUUAUCUGUCUAUUGAUCGUUCUCUCGCCCGCUCUCUCUCCCCCUCCCCGCCCAGGUAUUUAUCGAACGUGACUAGCAGAGGCUGCACACAGAAAGCCUGUCCGACACAUAUACGCACGCCCCGUCGCAUACGCCCGCCGAGUCGAGUCCAGCUUGCCGAGAUCCGCGACAGUCAUUCGCAUCAGUUCCUGCUCUACUUGGCAAACCCAGACCCCCGCAGUUCGCCCGUGGAUGUGUCUGUCUGUGUGUGAAUCGCUUCGAUAACUUGGGCGCCCAUCCUACCUGCUUCGUUCUUUGCAAUUCCACUUGUAGCUCGGAAGCUUCGGAAAUCAGCCCUGCGCGGAGAGAGAUCUUGGCAACCACCUCUCAAGAUGGGUAUCAACAACCCUCUCCCGUCGUCAAUGGCGUCGGAGUGCAAGAAGUGUGGCAAGAUUCUCACUUCUUUCAUUGAUCCGCGCCAAGCGUUUGGUCCCGAUAAGAUCAUCCCUCCCUCAAUUCUCGCAAAUGCCAAAGGUCUCGCCAUCCUCACUGUUAUCAAAGCCGGCUUCCUAGGAUCCGCGCGUUUCGGCUCCGGCCUCGUUGUCGCUCGCUUACCCGAUGGCUCGUGGUCUGCGCCCUCCGCCAUCAUUACGGCAGGUGGCGGCUUCGGCGGCCAAAUCGGCUUCGAAUUGACCGACUUCGUAUUCAUCCUCAACGACUCACACGCCGUCAAGACGUUCUCACAGCAGGGUUCGAUCACACUCGGCGGAAAUGUCUCGAUAGCAGCAGGGCCAGUAGGCCGGAACGCAGAGGCUGCUGGUGCCGCGUCUCUCAGGAGCGUGGCUGGGAUAUUCAGCUACAGCAAGACGAAAGGCCUAUUUGCUGGCGUGUCUCUGGAGGGCUCGGCAAUUGUGGAACGAAGGGACGCGAACGAGAAGCUAUACGGCCAGCGCUGGACAGCACAACAGCUGCUCACGGGCUCGGUCCGGCCACCACCCCAGGCCGCGCCACUAAUGUCGAUCUUAAACUCACGAGUCUUCUCAGGCGUGCGCCAAGCCACCGUGGAUGAUAAUACGUACAACGACGUCCCUAUAUACGAGGACCGACAUGAUGACGUGGUGUGGAAUGGCCAACGAGGGAGCGCCUACGGAGAGCAGCCUACCGCCAAUGGUCGCGAUGAAUUUGGCGGGCCGAGGCGGGCAAACACCUGGCAGGAUGACGUAUACGACCGACCGGCUGCCAGCUCUGGCCUUUCCCGGUCGAAUACCGUAGGAAACAGGGGCGCCAAUGAUGACUACGUAUACCGAGAUCGACCGUCGCCCUCUGCAAGUGCCUUUCCCGAGGAAAGGAAGACUGGUCCGAACAGACCCGCAGCACCGAAGCCGAACUUCGCGAGCAAGCAAGCACUCAUGAAGAAAAAUGAGGCUGUGGCACUGUUCAACUUCGACGCUGAUCAACCGGGCGACUUGGGUUUCAAGAAGGGUGAGGUCAUCACGGUGCUGAAGAAGACGAAUAGUGACAAUGACUGGUGGACCGGUAUGAUCGGUUCAAGACAUGGCAUAUUCCCUAGCAAUUACGUCAAGAUGAACGAGUGAGAGGGCGGCCCGUCCGCAACUCGGCCAUCCCGACACGAGUCUACACACGGGGCGAGCGGAAUCAGCUCAUCAUCCAGGCUUCAAAGGGGGUCCGAGGGAGAGGGGUUAUAACGGACGCUGUUACGAGAUUGAUUGUUCAAGAGAUACCUACCUGGUUUGCUUUUGGGAGUACCUGACGGUUAGACUCUAGUUCUCACGUACGGGGUUUUAUUCGGCUCAUUUCUAUGGGUUGGGGAGGGGGGUUGCCUCUCGGUGGAUGGAUGACGGGUUUUCUAUGAAAUAUCUAGGUGUACCUAGGGGAUGACGAAUAUUACCAGCGGGAGAAUGGUGAUGUCCCUCAGCUGCGUUGCUAUCCCACGUUGAGGGCGUGUGUUGGAGGUGGUGCGGCACUCACAGCCCCCUUUACGUACGCUGCAUACAUAAGUGGUCUUGGUAUGACCGACUAGAACGCGCCUAUUCCCAGUUGUCGGGGUAAGUGGAGGUCACCAACUAAGUGUAGUAGUAUAUGCAUCAGAUCUAGUAGGUCGUAUAGAUACGUCAGCUACCCGUAGGAGGCGUCUAACGACGGCUCCCUCUGCAUAUAGAUUCUCUUUACU